UGGCCAGAAGGGGGAGACAUUUGCUAUGGUGAGCCAUGCGGUCCGGAAGACAGAUGUAAAUAUUUCGUGACGUAAGAGACUAUCUCCGGACUGUCCACCACCAAGAUCCACCCAUCCAUGAUACCACACAGUACACAACCUUGGUGAAUAGAUUUUUUUUGUCCAGCUGUUGUUGCUCCGUGACAGAACAAGAUGCAGAAAAGGAGGAAGCCGGAGCCGAUCACGCUCAACCCGAUUCCUGAUGGGAACGCUAUCAACGGAACCGGGUCCACAGAGACCAACCUGGAGGCCCUGCAGAAGAAGCUGGAGGAGCUGGAGCUGGACGAGCAGCAGCGGAAGCGUCUGGAAGCUUUCCUCACGCAGAAGCAGAAGGUGGGCGAGCUCAAGGACGACGACUUCGAGAAGAUCUGUGAGCUGGGCGCCGGCAACGGAGGCGUGGUCUUCAAGGUCUCACACAAACCCUCCGGCCUCAUCAUGGCACGCAAGCUGAUCCACCUGGAGAUCAAGCCGGCCAUCCGUAACCAGAUCAUCAGAGAGCUGCAGGUGCUGCACGAGUGCAACUCGCCCUACAUCGUGGGAUUCUACGGAGCCUUCUACAGCGACGGGGAGAUCAGUAUCUGCAUGGAGCACAUGGUGGGUGUCAAAGAGAGAGAGGGAG